AUGCGAGCACAAAUCAUUGACAUUGAGAUGGAAGACGAGUACCUCGAUGUCACAGCUCGGCUUGAGACAUCCGAUGGUGUCCGGUUGCGAGCGUAUCUUCUUUCAUCACGGAACGGGAGAAUCGCAGUGGGAACUGUUCUCCAUACGUUGGACGAGCGAGCCAAUCCCGUGCUUGCUCUACUCGAGCACUCUUGUAUGCCACACAUGAAGCUCAAUUCAGUAGUCGGUGUGGCUGAAGAGUCUGCUAAACAGCAACAGAUCAUUCUGGUCACAGCUGUUCAAAAUAGUGCACUGGAUGUGAUUGGUGCAAAAAUUGCUGACCUUCAGUCAGAACACAUCCGUGCUGUGCGUUACGUCAGUGAAAUUCUCGCUCAGGGUACGCUGCAGCAAUCGCCGUUUGCUCUGCACACUCUCAUGGAAAAUUUCCAUAGUACACAUCGUCACCUAUUGGACGAUAAAGACUAUAAACGGUUCAAGCGGUUUUCGGACGAGCGUCAACAAUUACGUGAGUUCAUGUUCUCCAAUACCCAAAUUAACGUGGUAAAUAAAGAGCAUAAACGAUUGCUGUUCCUCGAAGAACGAACUUCAUGGGAUCCUCAAGAUGAAGCAUCGAUGGUGCCAGAAGCGACUCUAAUGACGCUUAUAUCACGCUUUCCGGAAGCGCGCAUCACCCUCAUCGGGGAUAGCAAACAGCUACCUCCAUACGUAGGUGUUCAGAACGUACCACUAGCCGUUGCGAUGACGGACGAUUCGAAGACGAUCGAGGGGCGGAGCGAGGACAAGGAAAACAACGAGGAUUCUGCCGUCGAGACCGUUCUGCAACCGGUCGGAUGA